AUGGAAGUGCUUCUUAACGGAGAGUCAAUUGUCGUGCACGUGAUGGUGCAUGAAAAGCAGGACUACUUCCCGCAGCUGCGCAUCCCCGUUUUUCAACGUCCAGUGCCCGCCUUCUUCCUCUCGCGUUCCGAUUUCCUGGCUGUUUCGAUGCAACUAGCGACCCAUCCCGAAGACGGGCAGGUGGUUGGUUCGUGUCGAGAGGGAGACGCGGUUCAAAGGCACAUCUGCGUGCCGAAAAUCCGCCACCUUUUCUACCUGGUUAUUUUUCGUUUUUCCUCCCCGACGACGGAUUUAUUCGGUGCACCACAGGAAGGAAGCCUUCUACUCGAAGAAGUCAAUUGA